CCUUCCUGUAGUAACAGCCGCCGCCGCCGCCGCCGCCGCCAGGAGCCCGGGUCGGAGCGACAGCAGCGGGCUCCCAGCCCGCCCCGCAGCCGGAUCGCUCGGCAGCACCAGGACCCGGAGGGGGCCAGACGCUGGAGCGCUGCCGAGGGGUGCUCCAAGGAAGACAGCAUCUGGCUUUCAGCCUUCACUGCUUGACAGCCCCAGCCACGUGCCCCAGGGGACCGGGACGUCGAGUGGCCGGCGCUGCAUUGCCCUAACUUCGGGUUAAUAGCUAUGGCGGGCUGGAUUCAGGCCCAGCAGCUGCAGGGAGAUGCCCUCCGCCAGAUGCAAGUGCUAUACGGACAGCACUUCCCCAUCGAGGUCAGACACUACCUGGCUCAGUGGAUAGAGAGCCAGCCAUGGGAUGCCAUUGACCUGGAUAAUCCCCAGGACCGAGGCCAGGCCACCCAGCUCCUGGAGGGUCUGGUGCAGGAGCUGCAGAAGAAGGCAGAGCACCAGGUGGGGGAAGAUGGGUUUUUGCUGAAGAUCAAGCUGGGGAACUAUGCGACGCAGCUCCAGAACACAUAUGACCGCUGUCCCAUGGAGCUGGUUCGCUGUAUCAGGCACAUUCUGUACAAUGAACAAAGGCUGGUCCGAGAAGCCAACAACUGUAGCUCACCUGCUGGUGUCCUGGUUGAUGCCAUGUCCCAGAAGCACCUUCAGAUCAACCAGACAUUUGAGGAGCUGCGUCUGGUCACACAGGACACAGAGAAUGAGCUGAAGAAGCUGCAGCAGACCCAAGAGUACUUCAUCAUCCAGUACCAGGAGAGCCUACGCAUCCAAGAGCAGAUACUCCAGGCUUCCUACUGGACACAGGAGAUGAUGGUGGUGGGUGUCCUGUCCCCUCCUCCAGCUCAGUUUGCCCAGCUGGCCCAACUGAACCCCCAGGAGCGCAUGAGCCGAGAGACGGCCCUCCAGCAGAAGCAGGUGUCCCUGGAGGCCUGGCUGCAGCGGGAGGCCCAGACGCUACAGCAGUACCGCGUGGAGCUGGCUGAGAAGCACCAGAAGACCCUGCAGCUGCUGCGGAAGCAACAGACCAUCAUCCUGGACGACGAGCUGAUCCAGUGGAAGCGGCGGCAGCAGCUGGCUGGAAACGGGGGUCCCCCCGAGGGCAGCCUGGACGUGCUGCAGUCCUGGUGUGAGAAGUUGGCCGAGAUCAUCUGGCAGAACCGGCAGCAGAUCCGCAGGGCGGAACACCUCUGCCAGCAGCUGCCCAUCCCUGGUCCCGUUGAGGAGAUGCUGGCCGAGGUCAACGCCACCAUCACAGACAUCAUCUCAGCCCUGGUCACCAGCACAUUCAUCAUCGAGAAGCAGCCCCCUCAGGUCCUGAAGACCCAGACCAAGUUCGCAGCCACCGUGCGCCUGCUGGUGGGUGGGAAGCUGAAUGUGCACAUGAACCCCCCGCAGGUGAAGGCCACCAUCAUCAGUGAGCAGCAGGCUAAGUCCCUGCUCAAGAACGAGAACACCCGCAAUGAAUGCAGUGGGGAGAUCCUAAACAACUGCUGCGUCAUGGAGUACCACCAGGCCACCGGCACCCUCAGCGCCCAUUUCAGAAACAUGUCAUUGAAAAGAAUCAAGCGAGCUGACAGGCGAGGUGCAGAGUCGGUGACAGAGGAGAAGUUCACGGUCCUGUUUGAAUCUCAGUUCAGUGUUGGCAGCAAUGAGCUUGUAUUCCAGGUGAAGACCCUGUCCCUGCCUGUGGUUGUCAUCGUCCACGGCAGCCAGGACCAUAAUGCCACUGCCACUGUUCUAUGGGACAAUGCCUUUGCUGAGCCGGGCAGGGUGCCAUUUGCCGUGCCUGACAAAGUGCUGUGGCCGCAGCUGUGUGAAGCGCUCAACAUGAAAUUCAAGGCCGAAGUGCAGAGCAACCGGGGCCUGACCAAGGAGAACCUUGUGUUCCUGGCACAGAAACUGUUCAACAGCAAUAGCACCCACCUCGAGGACUACAACAACAUGUCCGUGUCCUGGUCCCAGUUCAACAGGGAGAACUUGCCGGGCUGGAACUACACCUUCUGGCAGUGGUUCGACGGGGUGAUGGAGGUGCUAAAGAAGCAUCAUAAGCCACACUGGAAUGAUGGGGCCAUCUUAGGUUUUGUGAAUAAGCAACAGGCCCACGAUCUGCUCAUCAACAAGCCAGAUGGGACCUUCCUACUGCGGUUCAGCGACUCAGAAAUUGGAGGCAUCACCAUUGCCUGGAAGUUUGACUCUCCGGACCGCAACCUGUGGAACUUGAAGCCAUUCACUACGAGGGAUUUCUCCAUCCGGUCCCUGGCCGACAGGCUGGGGGAUCUGACCUACCUCAACUACGUGUUCCCAGACCGUCCCAAGGAUGAGGUCUUUUCUAAGUACUACACUCCUGUGCUUGCUAAAGCAGUUGACGGAUAUGUGAAGCCACAGAUCAAGCAAGUGGUCCCUGAGUUCGUCAAUGCAUCUGCAGAUGCUGGGUCCAGCGCCACAUACAUGGACCAGGCUCCCUCCCCAGUGGUGUGCUCCCAGGCUCACUACAACAUGUAUCCUCAGAACCCUGACCCUGUCCUCGACCAAGAUGGAGAAUUUGACCUGGAUGAGACUAUGGAUGUUGCCAGGCAUGUGGAAGAACUUUUACGACGGCCCAUGGACAGUCUUGACUCCCGCCUCUCCCCACCUGCUGGUCUCUUCACUUCCACCAGAAGCUCCCUGUCCUGAACGUUGGAACGUUGGAAUUUCGCACUUCUCAUGGGAAACUAUCUCCAAUGCGAAGAGUCCAUAUCAAAUUGUGAUUGCGGUAUCUCGGCACAUACUAAUGGCUUUGCAGCACGUAUAGCAUGCGUGUGUGUGUGUGUGUUUGUGCGAUGAGGACUGCCAGCUUGCCUUCACAGUCCUGGAUCUGUAGCUGAAGCAUAGUGGUCAUUGUGUUCAUGUCAAGACCUCAACAGGCCCCAGGGGCUAUCAUGGGAGAGACAGAUCUGUCACUGCAGGCAAACCUGUUCCUCCUGUGUCCUUUAUCUGCUCAAUGGCUAUUUAAGUGAAAUUAUUCCAGAAGAGAGACAGGUUUAGGUACUAAGUUGGACUUUUACUCCUGAGCUGGAAGCUUUACCCUCAUGCAUAUACCUGUAUUGGUGUGUACCUGUCUGCACACACACACACACAUGGUGGUUUCAUUGAUUCUUUCCCUCUCGAGGGACACUAGGGUUCAUUCUUGGGCAUGUUUUAUGCUUUAGUGAAUAUGGGAUGCAGACUUGUGUGAGCCCUCACAGUGUGUUUGGGCUGUAGCCAUCAGCACAGUGAGCCUGGGUUAAUUUGAGCCAGUCCGUAGGAGCUCAGUAUGGGUAUGUAGGUGAUUGGCCUCUUAACUCUGAGCCAGGGGGCAUGGGCCUUGAGUCUGUAAUGCCCUUGUCCAUAUUCCACCCAACUCCCUCUUUUCCAUCUGAUAGCCCUUCCGUCUGAUUCAUCCUUGGCACAUCUAUACAUACAUAUAUAUGUAUUUUUUUGUUUUUGUUUUGAGACAGUCUCCCUACAUAACCCAGAAUGAUCCUCCUGCCUCAAUGCUGAUUGCAGGCAUGCACCACCACAUCAGGCUUCAGCCUUCUUUUAUGCCUCUGUUUGUAGCUCUGCUUACAAGGAGGAAAAUACUGAGGGUCUAGGAAUUGGAGGCUUGGUGGUAGGGCAGAGAACCUGCAGCAAGAGUCAAGCAACAAACCAGCCACUUGGUACAGGUGAUGGAACCUGGAGAGUAGAAGAAAGCUCUUGGUCUGGUCCACUCUGCUGGGAGGUGGAACUUGGAACAGGCCUUGCACUGUGGUAUAAAGGGCUAUGGUCUAAGAAUGCCUCUUACCAGCUCCUCCCUCUGAGGCUGCGAUAGGCAGCCAGGGCUGGCUGACCGGGAGUCCCAAGUUUCAACCUCUCUGAAGGGAGUGUGGAAUGAGCAGAGGGAUUCUUUUGUACUUUGUACAUAGACCACGCAUUUAUGUAAACAGUGUUUUUAAAUAAAGUUAUUUUUU